AUGGCGGCUAAGCGUUUAAAGAUAGAUCAGGAUAGUAAUGGUAAAGUUAAGCGUGACAAUGAGCGGAAUACUACCACAAAGCUUGCCGAUGCACUCAUCUAUAUCGUCCCUAAAAAGAUUCCUAAAGCAAGGCUGCAAGUCUUGAACAAUCUGGCGCAGAAGAAAGGGUUUCUCCUGUCGGAACGUUUCAGGUUUGUAUGCCGAGACAUCAGCUGAGUUGUUAGUACGGUGUGACUGGAGGGCAACAGGGUAUCUCCUCGAGGAAGAAGAGAGAGAGAACUGUAGGAGGAAUUUUGGCACGUGGUAAAUAGUACUGAAAAAUCAGUGUGCUAUGACAUUUUGAGAUCAUGCAUACAAUAUUCAGCGCGACCUGCACUUUCUCUGAAUGCCCCCCAGCGGGGGACAUUAGGUACAAAGCAGCUAGUUAUCAAAUGAAGUCAACCAUAACAAUUGGUUGGACAUUGCUUGCCAGCGUUUGUACAAAAUUUUCUUCCUUUGUCCUAGAAUUGAAAAUCAUCAGAUUUUCUUGGGACAUACUUAUGUUUUGCAGAGACUAGAAAAAAAAGCACUAUCAUUGCCACAAUUCAAUGUUACCUGACUUUGGAAAUAUAAUGUCUUAAAAAUUUCUCUUUUCAGUGAUUCAGUGAUACACAUAGUCACUGGGUAUGAAACUUUGGAUAGAGUUUAUGCUUUCCUACUUAUGUUUUGCAGAGGCUUGAAGAAAAAGUACUGCCUUUGCCACAAUUGACUGUCACUUGACUUUGGAUAUAUAAUGUCUUAAAAUGUUUCUUUUCAGUGAUUCAGUGACACACAUAGUCACUGGGUAUGAAACUGUGGAUAGAGUUCAUGCUUUCCUAGAAAGGUAACCAAAUAAAGAAAUAAAUAGAUGAAUUAAUCCAUGUUCCAAAAUUCUCAUUUAGACAUGAAUGGAUUGGGAGAAACCUAUUCAAACUAAAUGUGAUUAAGGGUUUGCAUAACAAGUUUUAAGAUUAAACUAAUUUAAAAUGGAUUAAGUCCUCUAUGGCUGAAAAAAUCAUUGUCAAAUAUAUGCUCACAUCUGAAACAUCACAACUAUGUUUACAUGCUUUCAUCUAAAUGUGUCUGUUAACUAACAAGAGUAUGCACAGUAUCUUUGUUAUUGAUUUUUAUAAUGCAUCUUAAAAGCUAUGAGGUGUGAGACCUCAGAGUGUCACAACCGUGCUGGGUUAAUAACUCAUGUUGUGGAAAACCUGACUGUCGUGUGGGAAAUCUAGUGAAAAAACCCCAGACAAAACCAACAUUCAGGGUCUUAAAAAAACUAAGGAGAAUGUGUUGCCAUUGUUACAACAUAUUCAAAUGGUUACACAUUCUGGUCUUCUCAGACAUGGAUGAUAAACCAUAGGCUCUGUUCUUGCAUCUUCUCUGUACUGGUUUCUUCUCCAGAGUAAGGAAUAUACCCAUUUGCCAACCUUUUCCCAAAGUUGCAGUUAAAUAAAUAAAACUUUGGACACACUACUAAAAGAUAAAAUCCUUUUUUAACAUAUCAGUGUUACAAUAAUGGAUUUGUAAAAAGAAUCUUUUUUUGAUAUCAUCAGGCAGCCCACACACUUUAGAGAUAUUUUUUUCAUAUCAGUGUUACAAUAAUGGAUUACUUUUUUUAUCAUCAGGCAGCCCGCAAGCAAUGUAGAAGUAGUAAAUCUUGAUUGUAAGUAGCAGGGUAUGCAUUUGCAUUAUUGAUAAAUUACAUCUAGCUUCUCACACCAGAGUUUGUUUGGAAAAUCAACUUAUUUCUGUACAUUGUUUUUUUACUCUUUGAAUGUACUGGUGGUUUAAUUUCUGUGAUGUCAAGGAAUGAAUAUGACUAGGAAGUUCUUAUCCAAAGUACAUGUUAAAUCUCUGGAGGAUUGAUUAGUAUGUACAAGAAAAAAGUACUUGUAUUCAAGACUCCAGGUAUUUAGCUGAUAGAUUUAGAGUGCGUAACCUAUUAAUAACUUUUUAUUUCACCAAGUUGUAGCCAUUUGAUUGAUUGUUAAGAUUAGAAUAUUAUUAAGUUUAUUUUAAUUUGCUGACUGUUCAACAGGGUUAACUGACUGUAUAACAGAAAACAAGUUAGUAAAUGUUACUGAUAAGGUCAGGAUCAAGUCAGUUGGGGAGUUAAGUUCACAGAAAUCUAGUGGGUAUGUUUUACCUGCCAACUUUUUUGGAGAAAAAUUUAGCCAGAAAUUUUUAUCUUCAAAUUAGUACCUGCAUGCUAGCAGUAAACUAUUCAUGCCUGAAAAUUUCUAAAAAUUCCCCAAGAUCUUUCAAAUAAAAUUUAAUUAAGUUGUUUGAAUUAACUUCAAAGGUGCCCUGAAGAGCAAACAGGUCUUCAUUGCUUUCCUUUCCCAAACCAAAGAUUUUGGUUCUUAGUGAUUGAGUUUUGACUUACCUUUAAUAAAGUGAUAUUUCCAGGCACAAGAUAUUUGUUAGCAUGCAUGAGCUGAUGUAAGAUGAACAUUUUCUUUUCAUGAGUGUGAGAACUGCACCCAAGCUGUGGUAUUUAGCAACUGUGUAAUUAGUAGUAAGUUUAAUUAUGAAAACGUCACGAUCAAUAUAACAGCUGAAGACAAUGUAACACUUAAGUGCCUAGAUGUCAGUGAUAGAUCAAACUUUUUUAUGAGUAGAAUUAAAAGAGGAAGAUUGGUUCAUAACUACUGAUAAUUACUCUCAUGCUGUUCAGCAUGAUGCCUUCUACAACAGAAUAUUCUCAGGGUAUAUUUCAUUCUCCGAUGCAGUUAGAUCCAUGCAUUAAAAUUUUCUUAUCCAGGCCUCUUCACUACUAGCAUUGAAAUGUGAUUUUAAAUAUGUUAACUUCGCAGUGUUGCAAGGGCAGAAAGCAAUAAGUUGGAAGAAACCUCACCCAAUGAAUAUCAGGUAGUACAAUGUUAUAAUUCUCUUAUCCACAUUAUAGUUAUGUCUUUGCUAUCCAAUAAUAUAUUAAUUGAUUUUCCUAAUAAGUUUUUAGACUUCACAUUUUUCCCUUGCAGGACAACAAGUUUGUUUGCCAGAGGGCUACACCUUUGAAACACCAUAAUACCAAAUUUACUGUGAGUAUGGGGUGAAGGUCAUUAUGAAAGCUAAACUAAACAAACCUUCCCUUAAUGUGGCCAUUCAGACAAGUAGUUUUGUAAGAUUGAAGUAAGGUGCGAAGGGAGAUGUAGUGGCAUUAUGGUUAGCUUGCGGGACUUGGUUUUAAGCAAGGUUCAUUUGUGAGUCAUGGUGUGAUCAAUUUGUGGUCAACCCUUACAGUGCCAUUCUCUGCCCAGGAGAAUGAAUGAGUACUGGUAACCUGUCUUGGAAACUUGUCUAAAUCCAUGAGGGUACAUGCAGUGGACCAGUGUCACAGCCAGGAAGAGUAGCAAUUCUCUUAGCUGCUUCAUGCUGCAGAAAAUGGGAUAGGCUCCAGGGGUGUGAGGCCACAAAGUGAUGACAAGGGUAUACUUUCUUACCAACACAGCACUGCAGUUUCUUUAGAAACUUACCUCCUUUACACUUUACCUUUGCCUAGUUGCAUGUAGAUUUAAUGUUGCUAAUCCUAAUGUACAAUGUGAUUAAAAAAAUUGCAUGUUUCUCUCUGUUCACUUUGGUUCUUUUGUUGAAAGCAAGACUGAAAAUAUGUGCAUCUAAGUGAAAAUUUAUGAACUUGCAUGGUUGCAUUUUGACAAAAGAGUUAAUGAUAUGUUAUCUUGCCCCUCUAAUUUCUUCAGGAUGCAUUAGAAAUACUUGAACGGCAUGCAGUGUAUGUGGACAGUACUCAAAGGGAUUCCAGAGCGCUUGCUUUCAGACGAGCUGCUUGUGCACUCAAGUCCUACCCAAAGUAUGGUACAAAAUGUAUUAGAAAAAAAAAAAACAUCAUUAUAUUCACUUAUUCUUUGUAAUCACUUUCUUAAUCCCCUCAGCUCAAUCUAUUUCUUUUUUGAUUGAACCGAAAUGCAUUUCAGACAGAUCACUAGAAUCGAGGAGGCAUCCAAACUGAGCAGUGUUGGAAAUCAUAGCAAGAAAGUGAUACAGGCAAGUUUGUCCAUAUUUGAUUAUUUUUAAGUACUAAAUGAUACUGUCAAUUAUUGAAUAAAAUUAAUCUGGAAUUGUUUUUCAAUUUGUAUACCCUAGUUAUUAUUCUUCUUGCUGAAACAGGAAAUUCUUGAAAAUGGCUCAUCAGAUGAAGUUCAAGAUAUCUUAAGCAGUGAAUUUUUCAAGACCAUGGAGGUUUGUGAAUUAUAAAUUGGUUAGUAGGUGAGAGUUAGUGAAGAAGGGAGGAAGGGAGAGAGAGAGAGAGGUUGUUGGUCAGUCUGGUUGUUGGUCAGUCUGUAAGUCAGUCAGUUAGUCAGUCAGUCAGUCUGUCUGUCAGUCAGUCAGAAUGUAAGUCAGUCAGUAAGUCAGUCUGUCAGUCAGUCGGUCAGUCUGUAAGUCAGUCAGUCUGUCAGUCAGUCAGCCAGUCUGUCAGUCAGUCAACCAACAAGUCGUUGAGUGAGUUAGUUAGUUGGUCUGUCUGUGUCAGUCAGUCAGACAGUCAGUCAGUCUGUUAGAUAUUCAGUCAAUGAGUCACUGAGUGAGUUAGUGGUCAGUUAGUUGGGCACCUAGUAAAGCAGUCAGGAGGGCAAUUCAGUAGACACUUAACACCUUUUGAACUGUGAUAUCACAUUCACAGGUAUUCUCAUCUAUUUAUGGAUGUGGACCUGCUACAGCUCGGAAGUGGUAUGAGAAAGGCUACCGCAGCAUAGCUGAUGUACUUCAUGCAGUGUCAGAUGGAAUGAAACUCACUGAACAACAGACCAUGGGUAAAUGGUUUGCAAUGCAUAUUGUUGAAACAUUCUCAGUCUGUAAUUAAAACAUGGAACUUUUAAUCAGUUUCAACAUGGCUGCUAAGACAAUGAAAUAUUAAGACACUCUCACUGGCCAGGAUGCCAUGCCGUCUAUUAUGCAAUUGCAUUCUGUGUCUUCACUAACUUGUAAAUCCUUGCCUUCAGUUUGUAGUUUAAGCUCAAAUGUGAACAAUAAUGGAAAAUACAUUUAAUAAUUUACAGGUUUUAAGUAUCACAGUGAUCUGGUUAAACCUGUUCCAAAAGGGGAAGCUAUGAACAUCAAGGACAUAGUUAUUAAAGAGGUAGGGUUAUUUAAGUGGUGAAAGGUGUUUUAUUUCUUUUAACUGGACUAUUGCUUGUGCCUACAUAAUACAAAGGUGUCAAUUCAUCUUUAAUACCAUUAUAGUUAUUAAUAAUAAUUUUAUUUUUUGGUGCAUAUUCUCAUAAAGGAUUGCAAGAAAGGAGAGUGUAUACACCACACAAGUGAAUAGUGUUUUUUCGUGCACACUGAUUGGCUAGUUCUGAAUUUAAUUAUAGCAAGUACUAUUUACCUCUGAGUAGCCAAUGAGACUAAAUUGUGCAUUAAGAGUCUAGAUUAUUACCAUUUUUGCGUAUAUUGACAGAAAUAAAUUAAUUUUUGGUAUCUCGUGGUAUAUAUGAAGUGUAGGUCAAUAGUGAUCACUGUGGAUAUUCACUGAGCCGCAAGGCAGCGAGGUAGAUAUCCACCAAUUCCACAAACACUGAGGUAAAUAAUUGUUAAAUAUUACUAACUAAUGAUAACAAACCUACUAACAAUUUUCUUUUGCAACACUCUUUCCACAGCUAUCCAAAAUUCAACCAAACUGUAUUGUGGAGUUGGUUGGAGGCUACCGUAGGUGAACAAAUUGUUUUUAUCUUAUUACUUAGCGUUACUUUGUAUCUUGGUUUCAUUAUCAUCAUUAUCAUAAUAAUUAUUAUGUAGCCUAUUUUGAUGCCACUGAUACACAAUCAAACAUGCCACAUGCCAUGUGUGCAGCACUGCUGUGCGGAACCUAGUUUAUGUUCACAGCUUUAGUUCAAAAAACAAUACCAUUUACCAUCGUGAAGGCCAAAAUAGAAGCAGAUACUAAACUGUGGCAAAAAAGGUUUUUUUAAUUUUUAUAUAUUCUCUUUUUAAAGGUGUUUUGUAUUCACUUUUUUUUCAGUUUGUUACCAUCUUAAAUGAAAUUUUCAUCUGUAUUCCGAUUCCUAUCUGUAUUCAUUUUUAUUAUGUCAUUUCUUGAACCCAAUCCAACCUCACUUCACCAACUGAUGAAUAAAUAAAAUAUACCCAUGCAUCUUCUAAGCUGUGAACAAACAUUAAUCGCAGCAUAUGUUUUUUCAAAUAUUAAUUUUCUGUUGUCUAGUGGAGUGAAGCAACACUCCUAUAUGUUUUUUCAAUUUCACAUUAGAUCAGUAGUCAAGAAGUAUCACCAGAUAGCUGUAUUUAUUUAAUUGAGAACUCAAAUAAACAUUAAGGUAGCACAGAAAAGUCUCUUUAUUUAAUCUUACAGAGGCAAACUUUCUGGGCAUGAUGUGGACAUUCUGAUCACACACCAGAACAAUAACAAGGUGGAAGGACUUUUACAUAAAUUGGUUGAAAGGCUUGAAAAAUUGGUAAGUUUUAGAGAUCAUGGAGGUGUUAUUCCUUUUCGGUUACAGGCAAUCAACAAAUCUGACUAUCUCAGUGUCACAUUGUUUAGGGUUAUAUUCUUCAUAAGGACUUGAUGGUAGGCCGUAACCCACACUUUGAAAGUAAAACUUUGUAUUUGAAGAGUGUCAAGGGAAUCAGUGAAGGAAGUCAAAGGUAUGUUAUCACAUGCUUUAGAAGGCUUGUAACUGUUUAGUUAGCCUGGCAGGUAUUACUUUUAGUGGUUUGCUCUAUUUUCACCAGGCAGGGAGGCCAUAUGGACACUCUUGAUCAUUGCUUCUGUAUGUUCCAAAUGGGGAAAAGUUUUGAAAAUGAGAAGGUAGAACAUUCAUGUAUGCAAACCACUGGUGAAGCUGACGAGACAGGCACAUCCACAGGUUCUUCUUCCUCUGAGCAGAUGGCAGCUGCAGUGAGGAGAGUAGAUUUGAUUGUGGCUCCACAUAAACAGUUUCCAUUUGCACUCUUAGGGUGGACUGGUUCUAAGGUACAUGACUCUGUCUUUCAGCAAUGUAAAAUUUCAGUUAUAAGCCCCCUUUCCCCUUCUGCCUAAAUUAUAAGGCAGCCCUCUUAGCUGCAACCCAUGAUAUCUAAUGUAGACAUCAACCAAAGGGAGCUUUCUUUCUGAGAAUCCCCAGCAUCAAGCUCUCUUCUCUGCCUUCUUACCAGAGAGCUCAAAUUUUUUCCAAGACCAGAGCUCAGUUUUUCAAAGGGCAGAUAACACUAUCCAUUAGAUAAAUUGCUAUUCUGUGGAUAAGUGUUAUCAAAAGGUAGUCCUCUAACCACAUAAAAAUAAAUUGGAUCAUGACUCAACAACAGUCAAUUGACAAUAAGUUAAGGUUAAUGUUGAGUUAGGGGAGGGGUAGGUGGGCAGUUGCCCAGAUACUGAUAUUGAUCCAAUAAAUUUAUCAAUAGAUAGAAUUAUCCACCCUUUUCACAAAGUAUUUGGAAAAAAGAAAUAAGGAAACCUGGAUAAAAAUUUAACCCUGGAUUAGCACUAAUAGGCCUUUGAGCAACUGGGCCUUGAUGCAUAGCUUGGCAAUUAAGAAUAGCUCUUAACCCUUUAAUGCCCUAAGAGUGACUAACAGCUGAUUUCUCCCUAUAAUGUCACCCCUGAAUCACAUAAGAGGGUCACGAAAAUAGAGGAAAUGAUCACCAAGUAAAGAAGCUCUUGACUGUUCAAGAAAUUCUCCUAGUCAGCUCCUAAGGAAAUGUUUCAUUAGAAAACAGUAGUGACUGGAGAACAUGCAUACUGAUGGUGGGGUGUAAAGGGUUAAGACAAACCCUCUUCUGCUCACUACAUAGGAUUGUCAAUGAAUACAAUCAGUUGUAUAGAUUGCCUUCCUUUUCUCUUACCAGCAAUUUAAUCGUUCACUGAGAGACUAUGCAUGGAAGGUAUUGAAAGUCAAAUUGUCUAACCAUGGAAUGUGGGAUCACAAACACAUUGUAAGUACCAGCGAGAACUUGUUAAUUGUUAUGCAUAUUAUUUUACUCUAGCUUCUUUUAUUAUGAAGCAGCAGUGUCUAAUGGUUUCCAAUUGCAAAUUGGCCACUUCUAGGUAUAAACAACAGCAGUGUCUAAUGGCUUCAAAUCACCACAUAGCCAUCCAGAGGUAUAAACAACACCUUAAAUUUUAUUGCCGUAACGUAACUGACAUGAGUGUACUGGUUUUACUUGUAGCCUGUUCGUCAAGUAGAGGCCACAUCAGAGCAGGAAAUAUUUCAUGAACUGAAGCUGGAAUACAGAGAUCCACAUGACAGAAAUGCUUAGCUAAUGUUGAGACAUUUCAAGCUUUGAAAACAACAGUUGUUAGUACAUAGUUGUGAACCAUUUAGUGAUUACAUGCAAACAAUGCAGCUGGUCCUAACACCUUGAAAGUUACCCUGCCUUGCCACUAAAACAUUUCCAAUCAUUGCAAAUGUUGUCUUACCCUGCAAGUAGUGCAGGAAGAUCAAAAGCAACCCUCAUCAUCAUCAUCAUCACUUGUUAAGCCAGUAGGUGUAGACCAUCUUAUGGUCCGCACAACCCUCCAUUGCAUGCCACCACUUUGGCCACAUUUACAAGUUAACCCUUUGAACCCUGGUACCAAAUUCCUCUGUACAAAAUUACCCCCAAAUCAAACAUCAAGGUCAUGAGAAUAAGGAAAUGAUCACCAACUGAAGAAGCUCUUAAUUGUUAAACAAACUCUCCUUGACUGCAUCUAAAGAAAUGUAUAGAGAACAGUAGGGAGAAAAUGCUUAGUGAUGAUAGUGAACUAAAUAGGAUCAAAGUUUACAUUUAUUACCUUGACACUGCAAGAAAUUUCUUUGUCACAAGCAACAUUACAGGGGAAGGGAGGAGGGGCUUUAUGCUCAGAAUUUGUUGUGAAAUUUUUCUAAUGUAAUCAUAAAAUUUUUAGACUAGUUUCAAACUAUUUUUAUUGCCAGUUAUCACACUUUACAUGAAGCUGUGUUGAAGCUGAAAAAAUAAACUCAGAGAGUAUACAUUGUCUAUCAAUUUUAUGUAUCAUUCCCUGAUUAAAUAAUUUUUUUUCUGAACACUCAUUCACCCAGUCAAGCAAUACAAUUAUGAUAAAUAAUGUUAAAUAUAGCAUACAAUGUAUUAAGAAAAGUUG